AUGGCUUCAUUCAUCACCACCAUCAAUGCGCGCACACGAGCGCCGUUUAAGCCACGAUCGGCGGCCAAAGGCACGAGCAGUUACCAGUUGAGACAGUUCGCAGAGGCGACAUUGGGGAGUGGGAGUCUCAGAAAGGCUGUGAUGCUUCCUGAAGGAGAGGACUUGAAUGAGUGGCUAGCAGUUAAUGUGGUGGAUUUCUACAAUCAGAUCAAUCUUCUCUAUGGUUCUAUUACAGAGUUUUGUUCGCCUCAGUCAUGCCCGGAGAUGAAAGCCACAGACGAGUGCGUAACCUUCCUGGGAAUUGUCCGGAUUACGGCUGACACGAGAGACAGAUUUGAGUACCUUUGGCAAGACUCAGAACACUUUAAGCGGCCAACGAAGAUGUCUGCUCCGGAGUACAUCGAACACCUGAUGAGCUGGGUUCAGAGUAAUAUUGAUAAUGAACAAAUGUUUCCCAGCCGACUGGGUGUUCCGUUCCCCAAAGCCUUUACCAGCCUCAUCCGUCAGAUCUUCAAGCGGUUAUACCGGGUAUACGCACACAUCUACUGCCACCAUUACCCUGUCAUCGUGCAUCUGGGACUCGAACCGCAUCUGAAUACAAGCUUCAAACACUACGUGCUGUUUAUCGACGAGCAUCGGCUGGCGAGCGGCAAAGACUUCUGGGGUCCGCUGGGGGAUCUGGUUGAAAGCAUGUUGCGGAGCGAUUAA